CUAAACGCCAAACACACGCUAUAUGCGGCUAGAUAGUUCAUAUGUAUCUCAAAGGCCUGUAAAUGUUUUAAUAAUUCGUGUUUUAUGAGAGAUUUGGUUGUCAUACUUUUUCACCACCCUGGGAGCAAGACGACCCCCUCGCCUCGUUCUGGCAUUUGGCUUGUGGACUGCACUAAGGACCGCAGUGGGGAGGGCGAGCUGAGAUUUCUACACGAGUGGUUACGAGUGGAUUGCAUCACAUAUCGGUGCAUAGAUCCGCCAUGUCGAGCGGAGGGGUGUGUAAAAACUGCGGCUGUAGCGACAUUGACUUUGACCAGGCCAGGGGGGAUGCCGUCUGCACGGGCUGCGGGUCCGUCUUGGAGGACAACAUCAUCGUCUCAGAAGUCACCUUCGCCGAGUCUGGCGACAGGACGUCUGUCAUCGGGCAGUUUGUGUCAGCCGACGAUGGCAAGGGAAACGCUGGCAUGGUGCGAGGGUUCCACCAUGGGUUCGGAAAGGAGUCCAGAGCGAUCACGUUACAGAAUGGUAAGAGGAAGAUCACGCAGCUGGGGCACCAGCUGAAGCUGAACCAGCACUGCCUGGACACAGCCUUCAACUUCUUCAAGAUGGCCGUCAACAAGAAGCUGACGCGGGGGCGCAAGACGAACCACGUGGUGGCGGCGUGCCUGUACCUGGUCUGCAGAACGGAGGGGACGCCCCACCUGCUGCUGGAUUUCAGUGACAUCUUACAGGUGAAUGUGUACGUCCUGGGGAAGCUGUACCUGAAGCUAGCCCAGGAGCUCUGCAUCAACGUUCCCGCUAUCGGUAGGUCAUGCAGGGUUCAACUUCAACAACAUCAAACCAUUGAUGACAUUUAUCAUCUUUCUCCCAACCUGUGCCAUGUCACAGAUAGGUCAGAAAAAGGUAAAGAUAUGACAGUCUUCCUGUGUGGAGGUGAAAAAUGGUGCUUUUUCUAUAUUGACUGAUAGUGGAAUUGCCUU